AAAUAUAAUGAUGAGCAAUUUAAUUUUUUUAAGCAGAAGUCAUUAAAUGUUUUAAAUGAAAUAUGUAAGCUUUGUUUAAAAAGAGAUGUAUAGACAACUAUUGUAAAUGAUUAACUUUUUUCCAAAGAAAUGCUGAGUGUAUUUGCUAAGGAAAACUUCUUGGUGCUUUCAGCAUAGUUCAUGGCUUUAUUAAACCAUUGAAGAUGAGACUAAAAGGAGUGGCUUUUACCAUGAUACUGCUUUUUUCAGGACAACUCUUUGCAGAAGGUAAAUCCUGUGCUAUGCCUAAUGUUGAACACGGAAGGAUUGCUCAGUAUUACUAUACUUUUAAAAAUCAUUACUUUCCAAUGAACCUAGACAAAAAGCUUUCAUUUUUUUGCUUGGCUGGAUAUACAUCCAAGACUGGGAAACAAGAAGAUAUAACUACAUGCACAUCAGAAGGAUGGUCCCCAAAGCCUGAGUGUUUCAAAAAAUGUAACAAACCAGACUUGAAUAAUGGCUUCUUUUCUGACCAGAAAAUAUUAUACAAAAUUCAAGAAACUCUCCAUUAUAGAUGUGAUUCAGGAUAUAAAACUACUGGAGGAAAAGAUGAAGAAGUGCUACAAUGUCUUGCCAAUGGAUGGUCUUCUGAACCCAACUGUAACAAGGAACUUGAAAUUUGCCUGGCCCCUGAGUUAUAUCAUGGAAACUAUUCCACAAGCCAGAAGAUGUUCAGAGUAAAGGAGAAGCUACAUUAUACAUGUGAUAAUGGAUACUUAACUACUGGAGGAAAGAGAUCUGAAGAGGCAGAAUGUCAUCCAUAUGGAUGGUCUUUCACUCCAAAAUGUACUAGGUUAACCUGUUCUCCUUUAAGAGCAAUAGAAAAUGGAUACUUCAAUCCCACAAAGAAAACUUAUGAAGAAGGGGAUGUAGUCCAGUUUUCCUGUCUUGAAAAUUACUAUUUGAGUGGGUCAGAUUUAAUUCAGUGCUAUAAUUUUGGAUGGUACCCAGAACCUCCAUUGUGUGAAGAAAGAAGAAAUAGAUGUCCUCCUCCACCACUACCUCCAAAUGCCAAAAUUAAAACUCAUCCCAAUACCUUCCGGCAUGGAGAAAUAAUUCACAUAGAGUGUGAGCUUAACUUUGAGCUCGAAGGAUCAGAAGAAAUACACUGUGAACAUGGGAAAUGGACACCACCACCAAACUGUAUUGAAAUAAAGGAGAAAAUAGCAUGUGAGGAGCCUCCUAUGAUUAUGAAUGGCUCAGCAAACUUCCAUUCUAAGAUCUAUUACAAUGGGGAUAAAGUGACAUAUACUUGUGAAAAUGGCUAUCAUAUUAAAGGAUCUGAUGAAAUAAUCUGUAAAAAAGGAAAAUGGACCUCACCUCCAAAAUGCAUGGAAAACAAUGAAAACUGUAAAACACCACCUGAGAUUGAACAUGGCACUAUUGUUGAUGAAUUAUUGCCAAGCUAUGUAACAGGUUCCUCAGUGGAAUAUAGAUGCAAUAUAUAUUACUUACUGAGUGGAUCUCCAAAAACAUUAUGUGUGCAAGGAAAGUGGUCAACUCCACCUAUUUGUUUAGAGCCAUGCACUGUCAAUGUUGGAUAUAUGCAUAACAAUAAUAUAGAAAUGAAGUGGAAUUUUGAAGGAGAGAGAUAUUUUUUGCAUGGUGACAAUAUAGAUUUUAUAUGUAAACAGGGAUAUGAUUUAUCUUCAUCAACCAGACCUUCUGAAUUGAUAGUACAGUGUAAUAGAGGACAACUGAAAUAUCCAACAUGCAUUAGAAAAGAAUCUGAAGGAAAGUGUGGAUCUCCUCCAGUUAUCAGAAAUGGCAAUGCUAUUGGCUCACCACAAAAGAGUUAUGAAAAUGGUUCUUCAGUAGAAUACCAAUGUUUAGAUUAUCAUUUUCUACAAGGAUCUAAGACAGCUCAUUGCUUGCAGGGACAAUGGACUACACCACCAAUGUGUUUAGAACCUUGCACACUAUCUUCAACUGAGAUGGAGAAUAAUAAUUUGCAUUUGAAAUGGAGUUUUGACAACAGACCUUAUUUUUUUCACGGUGAAUACAUUGAGUUUCUCUGUAAAAGGAACAGUUUUCUAGCUGCAUCUUUUACAGAAUUUGAUUUGAGAGUGCAGUGCCACAGAGGGCAACUGAAAUAUCCACAGUGCAUUGAAAGAAGCAGGGUAAUGUAUGAAGGAACCUCAGAGUUUAGAUGAGUAGAGAUCAUGAUGACAUUGUCAUAAGUGAACAUUCCCAGGAUAUUACAAGACUAAACAUUUGAUAUAUGUGAUAUUGGCCAAAGUUUAGUGGCUCAACUUGUCAUCUCAACAAAGUAUAUCAAUAGAUCUUGCUGGUUAACACCAGAACUAAUGAAUUUUUAAAAUAGUUUUGUGAAAUUAAUAUGUAUUCUUAACCAUGUGUGACCACCUGCUGAUGUUACUGCAUCACUGAGAAAAGAAGGCUGAUGAGUAAGUUCUUUUUCUUUUUAAAGGACUCAAUAUUAUGAACAACCAUUAAGGAUAUGAAAGAAAUGGAAUGAAAGAAAGUGGAAAGAAGAGAUGUUUGAAAGCAUCAUAAAAUGCCAUAUGUUGAAGAAGAAGAAAAAUAUUAAAUAAAAAUAAAUUACUGCCUCAACUGUUUACAACUUUCAACCAAAAUUAUACAUGCUGAACAUUUUCUUAUUGUUUAUAAAAUGUUUGUAGAAUCAUACAUUUAGAACUAGAAGAGAACUUAGCCCUUAGUUUAACCCCUCAUUGUGAAGAUGAGACCAAACCAAGUCAUUGGUCCAGAGUUACAUAGAUAGUAAGCAGCAGGCCUGCCAUUUAAUGUGGGUUGUCUGACUCCAAAGAAAGGACAUUUUUCACUAAAGUUCAUCUUAGCUUAGCACAUAACGUUAUGUAGAAAGGGUACUUAAUAAAUAUUUUUUAAAUGAAUGAGUAGAAGUGAAAUGCUAAUUUGGGAGAGGCAGGUUUAGACCUCUGAUUUCAUUGUAUUAGGGAACUAUUUGUGAUAACAUACUUUCUAGCAAUGCAGAUCAACAAUGAUAUUGUAACUUGUAAAUAUGGUGGAGAUGAUAUAAGUGUAGAGAUGUCAAAAACUAGUCCCCAAAUUCAAUGUGGCCUACAACACUCCCCAGCUCUGAGGUAAUCAGAAUAAAAUAUAAAUGGGAAUAUUUAACAAAAUAAAUAAAAUAGCAUGUUAAUAUGA